AUGGGAACCUGGCAAUCAGCCCAGUGGCGCAGGCCUUCAAUACAAACGUGGCCCAUCGUUUCGACCGAUCGAUUUCCUCCCUCACAGACACGACUAGCAGUUGGUUGCGAGCAUCUUGGACGAGAACGACAGGCCAGGGCUCUUGAAGGGGGGUCAGUUUGGCGGAACGGACUCGGAGCUGAAGAUCUACUCAUUAAUAUUCAGGUUGCGACGGUUGAAACGGUGGAUUGUGGAGGAUUACUGGCCAGCGUUUGGUUCGGAUGUCUUGGGCAUUUCAUGACAUGGAUAACACGAAAUAUGUUUAAACUUAACCACCAGCCACCAUUAUUAGAGUGUGGCCAUAGUUCUAGCGCUUAUAAUCGAGUGGCUCGCCGAUUGCGAAGUCGGGAACGAGGAAAGUCCGACCGUGUACCACUUGCCUUCAUGGCUCCCAUCUGGUGUGCAUGCCAGUCCCCAUUCGGCAUGAUGGGGAAGAUCUACACACGGAACACGGGAGGUGGGGCGGCCCGCAUUCAGUGCCAACAUCCGGCGCCGCCGUUCGGACCCUGUUGA